AUGAUGAAGACAAUGGUGGGGACGAUCUUGUACAACUCCCCGGAGAUUGUGCAGUCCCAGCCGUACUCCAACAAGACCGACGUGUGGGCGAUUGGUUGCCUCCUGUACAAGAUGGCCACGCUCAGCGACCCGUUCCAGGGCACCAAUCCGCUGGCCGUCGCGCGAAAGAUCGUGGAGUGCGAGUACGACAGGCUCGACCCCUCGAUACACUCCGCGAUGCUCGUCACGGCCUGCGAGCGCUGCCUCACGGUGUGCCCCAAGACGCGCCCCGACACCCAGGACAAAGGGGAGGGAAGUGUUCCAGCUGAUCAUGCCCGCGGUGGUGCGCUACCUGGAGGAGACCUACCCAGAGGGCCAUGGCGCGCCAGCAGCAACCCCGCGGCCGGCCUGGGUGACCGGCACCCCGCCAGGGCGCGGCGUUGUGGGCCGUCCGCCUGCGGACGCGCAGGGAUUCCCAGGGGGGAGAGCCCUCGGGGAGGGAGGCGGGAUCGAGGGCAGAGUUGGGCGCUCCAGAGGAGGCCUUCGCCCUCGGCCGGCGGCGUGCGACAGGGGGGGUGGCUGGCCCAGCGCCGUCCCGGC